GUUCACCAAAUGUCAAAUGUGUCGCACGCUCAUUGGUCGGAGCAUUUGACAGCCAGAUACGGCAAAGCAUAUCGUGUCAUGCAACAAUAGCGUUAAAUGACACCGCCAAAUGAAGAAGAAAAAAAAACGUAUACAAGUUGUUCAAGACUACCACACAAGCAUCGCAGCGAGUUACAUGCAAGCCAUAGAGAAGAGAGAAAACAAAAACUAGAACAAACAAAUAACGUGAGGUGCGAUUUUUCAUUUUCGUGUAUUAAAUUCGACCAAAAUGUGGUAUUAGAUACGGUAGUCGUGUUAAAUUUCUAGUUUUUAGUCAAUUCUUAAGAAAAAAAAUAGUGAAAAGUUGUAUAAAUAUUGAGAAAAAGUUCAAAUUUUAGCAAUGAAGCCUCUUUGGAGCUUAGUAUGUUGUUUUUUAUUCGCCGUUCAGUCAUUGGCCAGUAAAAGUCAUCCCAUCACUACGUUACUCAAUGCAAAAUGGCAUACAACACCAAUUUGUCUUGAGAUCUCUGAAUUUUUAUUCGAUGAAAGUCCAAAUUUAUACUGGGAUUAUGUCAGCGCUUUAAAUACACUACCGCAACAGCUUCAUGAAUUAGAUACCGAUGCAAAGGUUUACAAAUCGGCUGUGUCCGUUGCCGAAAAGUUGAUUGGCCCAAUUCAGUUGUCAUUAUUGAAGUUGGUGCUCUCAAUGCACACGAUGUCACCACGAGUGCAGGCUCAUUUCCAAGUCGCCCGCGAAGUUCUCGAACAAGGUGAUUGUAAAACCGAUAUUUUCAUAACGAUUGGCAGCCGUGUCGCUUGCAGCCUCGAUGAACUUAAGAAGGGAUUGGAAAAAGCCAAAAACGCCGAUAAACAGGAUCAAAGCGAUGAUAUUUACAGUUUUGAUCACAUCUACCCUGGCAGUGAAAACAAUACCAUUACAGCCAUUUUGUACGGUGAAAUUGGCUCAAAGAAUUUUAAAACAUUUCAUGAGUACUUAACGAAACAGGCUGAAAGUGGACUGGUGAAAUAUGUUUCCAGACAUUUUGUCAGAGAUACCGGUUUGAAUCGUGUUCGAUUGUCCGGCUACGGUGUUGAGCUUUAUCUCAAAUCCACUGAGUACAAAAGCCAGGAUGAUUCUCCACGUUCCGAUGAUUCCACAACCAUGGACGAUUCGAACGAUGUCGACAACGAAGUUGAAGGUUUCGAUUUUAAGAUAUUGAAAGAUCGCCAUCCAAGCUUGGCUCAUUCUUUGGAUCGUCUUCGUAGCUCACUUCUGGAGAAAACCGAUGAAAUUGCACCAUUAAAAGCAUGGGAGUUCCAAGAUUUGGGUUUACAAGCCGCCGAACGUGUUGCUCAAAUUCAAGGCGAAGAAGCUUUGCAAAUUUUGCAAUUCACCGCUCAAAAUUUCCCAUCUCAAGCCAAAUCAUUACUGCAUGUACGUGUGUCUGAUGAUUUCAAAAAGGAGAUGAAACAUAACACUGAUGUUCUGGGCAAAGAAUUGAACUUUCAACCACCGGAUGCGGCGCUAUAUGUGAAUGGACUCUAUUUUGAUGCCGAAUCACUCGAUGUUGGCAAUUUGGUCGAAACAUUACGGGGCGAGUUACGUGUUUUGAGCGGUUUACAUAAAUUGAAACUUGAAGGAUCGGUCGCCUCAGAUUUGCUUGCAUUGGAUCUCUCACAGCCAGACAACAUCGAAUUUGCCGUUGAUAUUCGGGACUCAGCCGUCGCGUGGAUCAAUAACAUCGAAACUGAUGCGAAAUACCGCACAUGGCCAGGAACAGUUUAUGAUCUGCUUCGACCAUCGUUCCCAGGCAUGGUGCGCAGCAUUCGUAAAAAUAUUUUCAAUCUAUUGGUUGUGAUUGAUCCAAUCAAACCGGACGGUCGUGAAAUCACCAAAUUGGUAGAGAGUUUUGUGGUUCACUCAGCCCCGAUUCGUGUCGGUGUAGUUUUUGACACAAGAAAAGCGGAUGCAAAAUCAGAAAAGGUCUAUCGUUCAUUGAUUUGCGCAUGGAACUAUAUCAACCAAGUAAAAAAACCACGGGAUGCACUUUCUUUCUUAACCGAUCUCUUUGCUUUCCAUAGUUCCGAUGAAGAUAUCAGUUUGAGUACGAUUCGAAAACAGUUUGAAAAAUCAGCAAAAGAAUUGAAUGCCGAGCAGGUGGAUGAGGUACUGGGGGAGGAUUCAGACUACGAUUAUGGUCGUCAACUUGCCACUGAAUUUGUUGAACGUCUUGGUUUUGAAAAAUCGCCACAAGCCCUCUUGAAUGGUGUUCCACUGGAAGAAACUUUGUUGAAUGAAAAGAAAUUUGAAGAAGCUGUCCUGUCCGAGGUGUUAAUGGCAACGGUACCAUUCCAAAAAGCUGUAUUCAACGGUCAAUUGACCGAUGAUAUGGAUGUUGUUGAUUACAUUAUGACCCAGUCAAACGUAAUGCCACGAUUAAAUCAACGGAUAAUGACAAAAGAAGAUGCAUCGUUUGUGGAUUUCUCAGGUGAACCACACAAGAGUUUGGAAAAUAUCAAAUUGUUGGCACAAUUGUCGGCACGUGACAUGACAGCGACUUUGCUACACAACUUAAAGUAUUUCACCACGAAAAAUUCGGAGGAGCGUGCAUUGGGCAAGAAAAUCAGUUUUCUCACCAUUUGGAUUGUGACCGAUGUAACGACUGAACAAGGCGCUGAACUUCUUAAGAAUGCUCUUUUAUAUAUGAAAUCAACAUCUGGCAUUCGGGUGGCAUUCAUUCCAAACACAGAGGGUGUUGCAGUGGCUGAUCGUUCAAAUUUGAAUCGUUUAGUAUGGUCUGCCGUAAACACUUUGCCUGGCCCAGCCGCAACAACAACCGUUUUGGAAUGGUUAGAGAAGAAAUCAACUGAAAAGGUUAUUCCGUCCGAAGUUAAUGAGGUUCUCUCCGAAUCCGAGCUACACCUGAAAAUGUUGCGUGUUUACUCUCAACGAGUCUUACAGUUGAAGGCAUCACAAAGUGCGGUUAUUUCAAAUGGAAAAAUCCUUGGACCAUUGAACGAGAAAGAAGUAUUUGUCGCUGAUGAUUUCGCUUUGAUCGAACGUUUGCACAGUUUCUUGCACGGUGAUAAGAUUCGGGAGGCUUUGAAGAAAUACGAUGACAUCGAAGAGUCAGACAGUUUGAGCACAGACGAUAGCGAUUUGAUUAUGAAACUCAUCGGUUUAUUGGUACCUCGACAAUCACGCACUCGUGUUUCAAUCCCAUCGAACAUUCGUGACUCUCAUACCGUUGUGAAUUUGCCGCCAAAACAAAGCAAUAUGCCAUAUAUCGAAGUGUUUGCCGCCUUGGAUCCAGCAUCGCGUGGCGCACAGAAAUUAGCACCAAUUUUGAUUCUCUUGAGAAAUGUGGUUAAUUGUAAUAUGCGUGUCGUUCUCAGUGUCAUGGAAAAACACAGUGACAUGCCAGUAAAGAACUUCUAUCGCUUUGUCAUCGAGCCGGAACUACAAUUCAAUCCCGACGGUAAAUACACUCUCGGACCAUAUGCCAAAUUUGUUGGCCUUCCAAGCAGCUCUCUGUUGACACAAAACUUACAGGUUCCUGAGAAUUGGCUUGUUGAAGUGGUUCGUUCGGUGUACGAUUUGGAUAACAUUAAGCUGAUCGAUAUCAAUGGUCCCGUGCACAGUGAAUAUGAGUUGGAAUAUUUGCUCUUGGAAGGUCAUUGCUUCGAUGCAACGACUGGAUCUCCACCACGUGGAUUGCAAAUCACACUAGGAACUGACUACAAACCGGUUGUUGUUGAUACCAUUGUCAUGGCCAAUUUAGGAUACUUCCAACUCAAAGCCAACCCUGGAGCAUGGAUUCUGCGAUUGCGUCACGGUAGAAGCGCUGACAUUUAUGAUAUUACCAAUGCUGAUGGACCCAACAGCAUCCACAGUCCAGACGGAACUCGCGUAAUCAUCAGUUCAUUUAGAUCUCAUGUGAUCAAACUUCGUGUAACAAAGAAGAAAGGAAAGGAGAGAGCUGACUUACUUGCCGAUGAUGAUGAAGCAAACUCUGGCAUUUGGAAUUCGAUCACAAGCUCAUUUUCAGGCAGCAAUCCAGAUGCAAAUGAAUCAGAAACCAUCAACAUCUUUUCGGUUGCUUCGGGUCAUUUGUACGAGCGUCUCCUUCGGAUUAUGAUGCUUUCACUUAUGAAGCACACAAAUAGUCCGGUAAAGUUCUGGUUUUUGAAGAACUUCUUAUCGCCACAGUUCAUUGAUUUCCUGCCGCACAUGGCCAAAGAGUACAACUUCCAGUAUGAACUCGUUCAAUACAAAUGGCCUCGCUGGUUGCAUCAACAAACCGAAAAACAACGAAUCAUUUGGGGAUACAAAAUUUUAUUCUUGGACGUGUUGUUCCCAUUGGAUGUGAAAAAAAUCAUUUUUGUCGACGCUGAUGCGAUUGUUCGAAGCGAUAUAAACGAAUUGAACACAAUGGAUUUGGGUGGUGCUCCAUACGCUUACACGCCGUUCUGCGAUUCGCGCAAAGACAUGGAUGGCUUCAGAUUUUGGAAACAGGGUUACUGGCGCAACCAUUUACAGGGACGCAAAUAUCACAUUUCAGCAUUAUACGUUGUCGAUUUGAAACGAUUCCGAAAGAUUGCGGCUGGUGAUCGACUACGUGGUCAAUAUCAGGCAUUGAGCCAAGACCCGAACAGUUUGUCAAAUCUGGAUCAAGACUUGCCAAACAAUAUGAUUCAUCAAGUUGCUAUCAAGUCAUUGCCGCAAGAAUGGCUUUAUUGUCAGACAUGGUGCCAUCAGAGAGAUUUUGCUAAUGCUAAAGUUAUUGAUUUAUGUAACGACCCACAAACGAAAGAGCCAAAACUCACCGCUGCACAACGCAUUGUGCCCGAAUGGAAGGAUUAUGAUGCGGAAAUCAAAAACCUACUGAACAGAGUACAAGAUCAAGAGCAUGAAGAAGAGGUGAUCGAACCAGAAGAAAAUAUUCCAACCGAAGCCGAGUCAAAGUCCAAAGCGGAUGACAGUGACGACAAAGCUAAACACACUGAAUUGUGAUCAUUGUUUGUUUUAAGUUUCACAUUCUAAGUUUUAAAUUGGAUGCUGACAGCAUCAUGCUGUACACAUUUUGUAUGUUCUAAAAAGCAAAAAGUAAAUCAAAAUUCCGAUCCAAUUCAAGGGUCACAGUGUCAAAA